GAACACGUCGGUGCUUUUCUGUUGUUCUGCUUGUGUCACCCUCCGAAUAACUCCAGCUGAAAGCUUUUAUCUGUAGACAAAGAUCUCUGUGGGAUCCACAGCUGCGAUGCUGAAGAUUAUCCACAAAUUGUUCUGCAAAUACAAAUGGGUUUAUAAUCACUUUUAAAUCACUCAUCUGUACGCCCCAGGAUGUAGCUACUAAAGUGAUAAAAUGCUGCACUAACCUCUAAAUAAGUCAUGCAAUUAUGCUCCACUGCUCUAGUUGUGUGAAAGAUGUGUAGCUCUGAUGAUCUCAUCCCUUAGAGCUGCUUUUUGGUGUCAUGUCAUUCUGUUUCUAGCUAAGAUUAAAGUAGAGAAUCAUUUGUGUAUCUAACUUUAUGGUGUGAACUUCCUCUUCUUGUACAAUUGUUGGUAUUCCCCGAAGAUCUUUUCUCAGUUGAGAAGUAAGAAUAGAGAAAUCUGUGUUCUGUGUUACCUCCUCUCCACAAAAGAGCCAAGACAAUGCAGUGGUCCUGCAGUGCAAAUGGUGUUUGUGCAGAACAAGACGUCUCCAACACAAAGACCAUUCCAAGAAACAGAGAUUUUUGUUCCUCUUUCAAAGAAUCCCAUACAUUUUACAAACAGUCCCAGAGUGGGGACGUCUGCAGAUUGUUCAGGGGGAGUUUGUUUGGGAGAGGGGUCAGCGAAAACAGCUGAAACAGGAGGUGUUUUUUUUUUUUUUUUUUUUUUUUUUACAAUGGAACGCUCACUUAUUAAAAGCACAAAGAGUUAUUGAGGGUACAGGAAGGGCGUAGAGGGGGCCGUCGAGGGGGAGGAAACCGCUUAAAAGUUGACGCCUGCACCAAAACCUGGACCCGACAAGAAGAGGAAACUUUAAAAAAAAAACACACACACACAGUCCCCUUUCUCCUAGUGUAAUGAGAACAUCUUCAGAACCAUAAAUCUCCCCUCGGGAUGAACUUUUCUGCACUUUGAAACCUCACAACAGGCACGCAGCGUGGGAAAACCUCCACUGUUUGUCUCCUUUUUGCAUCGGUAGGUGAAUCUCAUUCAAGCUGGUUAACUGCGAGGUAAACAGCAGCAUGGAUCCCAGGGUGUUUUUAAUGCAUGCAGGCUGUGCUGCUGUGCUGCUCCCUGCGUGUGUUGUUGGAGCUGCUGCUGUGCAGCGUGGGGAUUUGAGUUUUGACAAAUGUGUGCCUGUUUAGCUCAAAUAUUCCACUUUAUGAGAAGUGUCACAUGUAAAUAUGAGUUUACUGAGUGUUUUCAUUUUGAAUGCUCUCUUUUGAGUUAGUAGUUUUGCUGCAGCGUCGGAGCAGAGGGUAAAAUGUUCUGCUGAAGCUGAGGUUCUGCACAGAUUCCUCUUUCUUUCUGCACCACCAGCAGCAGCAGCAAGUGUCAUGGAUCUGCAGAAUUUCCUGUGCUGGAGAGUUGCCCCCCUGUUUCUCUUGAUGCCUUGGAGGCUCCACUCCAUGUCCGUGCACAUCAUCAACGUGGAGCCCGUGCAUGUAAUCCCCGGCUCUAGUCUGGUUCUGAGAGCCCGGGUUGACGGGGGUCCCCUGGAAGCGGUUUCCAUGGUAACCUGGGAGAGGAAGCCCGAAACUGGAAGCGAUCCGGUGAGAGUGACACUGGCCACUUGCCCGGGCAGAAGCUCACGGUGCGCUGGUUCAAGGCCAAACGUCCACGUGAGCGUGGAGCAGCAGGAGACGACACUGGAGAUUAAUGGAUACAGCCGAGCAGACAGCGGCGUGUACGCCGUGACUGUGACGGAUCACAGCGGCGCCAACAUCACCGCAUACUGCAUCGUCAGAGAAUAUGAAGCGGUUCAUCAUGUCACUGUCAGCAUCAACGUGUCUCACUCUGUGCUGGUGUGUGGGGAGGCCUGGGGGACAGAGCCUCGCUUCAGCUGGCUCUAUGAGAGAGCCGCCAUCAGCCAGACACUGGGGAGGGUCUCCAAGGACGGAACCACGCUGUUUGUCAUGAAGACUCCCAUGUGUGGACACUUCACCUGCACAGUUAGCAACAAGCUGGGCUACAGCUCUGCCACCUACACGGCAGGAAACGCAGGCGCAAUAACAGGGGAGAAAGGCUGCAUGAACAUUUAGAUGACACCUUCUAAAAAAAGGCCAUUGCCGUUUCUCAGAGGAGAAUGAGGAGCACGAAGAGGACUAUGAGGGAGGACCUUCCUGUCCCGUGAGCCGGGUGACCUUACACUGGAACAAUGGCAAGAGAGAACUGCUUUCUGACAAAUAAAGAAUUAUUCAAAAGUGGAUAUUUGGCAUGAAGCAACAGCGGUGUCCUCACACUGCCUCCUGCUGUAAAGAACAGGAAACUGCAUCUUUUUUAAAAACUCAUUUUGUAAAUUUAUUGUAUCACAGUGUCCUGUAUUGCCCUGAAGAUGAAUGUGAGAAAUGAAUCAGAAAAAAUGUAGGAAAGGCUGUUAUUUUUCAUUGCUGUGCCGGAGAUGAGCAGAGUUUGAUCUGAAAUAUUCAACGCCAUUUUGAAGGCUAUAAAAGAGCAAUAAAAGAAAAUAAGUUUUUGAGUAUAGCUCUUUAAAAUAAACAUGUGUGUGACGACUAA